AUGGGAAGAACCUACAUUGUAGAAGAGGCUGUUGGCCAGUAUCUUUCAAACAUUAGUCUGCAAGGAAAGGAUUUUGUUUCUGGCCUUUUAAUAGGACAGUGUUCUUCACAAAAAGAUUAUGUGAUUCUUGCCACUAGAACACCACCCAAAGAGGAACAAGAUGACAGCUUCAGACAUCCCAAAGCUAAGUCGGACAACUUGGAUGAAGAAUGGGCCACAGAGCAUGCCAACCAGGUGUCAAGAAUGCUACCAGGGGGACUUUUAGUUCUUGGAGUAUUUAUCAUCACAACUUUAGACCUGGCGAAUGAUUUUCAAAAUGCCCUACGCAGACUAGUCUUUGCUGUUGAAAAGUCUAUAAAUAAGAAGAGACUAUGGAGUUUGACAGAGGGGGAAGUCUCAGAGCGAGUGACACUUCAUAUUUGUUCCUCUACAAAAAAAAUAUUUUGUCGAACUUAUGAUAUCCGUGAUCCAAAGAGUUCAGCAAGACCAGCAGAAUGGAAGUAUCAAAAUGGACUAUCAACUUCAUGGCUUUCUUUGGAGUGUACAAUUCACAUUAAUAUUCACAUUCCACUGUCUACUACUUCUGUCAACUAUACUCUGGAGAAAAAUACAAAGAAUGGACUUACAUGCUGGGCCAAGCAAAUUGAAAAUGGUGUGUUUUUGAUUAAUGGGCAAGUUAAAGAGGAAGAUUGUGACCUGCUAGAAGGACAGAAAAAAUCUUCUAGAGGAAGUGUUCAAGUGACUCAUCAGCCUUUGGAUGUCAGAGUUCUAACGCAAUUGCUCCUGAGUUCAGAACACAGGUCCACAGCCACAGUCCAGAUCUGCAGCGGUUCUGUGAACCUUAAGGGUGCUGUGAAAUGCAGAGCUUAUAUCCACAGCAGUAAACCCAAGGUUAAAGAUGCUGUGCAGGCUAUAAAGAGAGAUAUAUUGAACACAGUUGCUGAUCGUUGUGAAAUACUGUUUGAGGACCUGCUUUUGAAUGAAAUUCCAGAAAAAAAAGAUUCUGAAAAGGAGUUCCACAUCCUCCCUCACCGAAUUUUUGUCCAUAUCCCUGGGUCCACUAUAAUGUUAUGUGAUUAUAAAUUUGGUGAUGAACCACCUGAAGAAAUCACAGACCAUUUUAGAGAGAUGUUAGAUCAAAUUAUUCAAAUAAAAGAUUUAGAAAUUGCAGAGGAAACAAACUCAGCUUAUGUGAGUUCCUCUGUGGAUGAUGAAGCUUCUUUGGACAACACAGAUGAUGAACAACCAAAACAACCAAUGAAAACUACAAUAGUAUUGAAAAUUCAACAAAAUAUAGGUGUGAUUACUGCCUUUGCAGUUGCAGCCCUUGCUGCGGGCAUCUCCUUUCAUUACUUCAGUGAUUAA